GCUGGAUGAGUUUGCCUACGGAUAUUCCAGUGAGCUGCCCUCCUGGCCUAGAGUAUCUCUACUACACUGACCGUCUACAUAUUUAUAAGGAUAUGGGUAUAUGGGAAGCUAUUUUUGGCAUUAGAACUAAAGGCAAAUAUAAAAUAAGAACUAAAGACAUAGAACAAGUUUAUUAUGCUGAAGAGGAAUCCAAUUGGUUCUUCAGAAACUGCUGUGAUCCAAGUAAUCCUUUUGGAGUGAAGAUCGUGGACCGUUCCAACAAAGAAGUGAUUCAUUUGGAACGACCAUUGGCCUGCACUUUCUGUUGUUCACCUUGUUGUCUUCAGAAAUUGCUGGUGUAUUUCCCUCCUGGGCACUUGGCUGGAACCGUAGAACAAGAAGUACAAACUUCAAAGUUCAGUAUUAAAGACAGUGCUGGAGCCACUGUUUUGAAAAUCAAAGGUUCUGAUGCAUCAGAUUGCUGCAUGUCUUCUCAUACUGCAAAAUUACGUAUUCUCAAUCUUGAUGGACAAGUUGUUGGUAAUAUCUGGAAACACUGGUACAACGACGAAGAUCCUAAUUCCGAUCUAAAUUACUGUGGUGUUACAUUCCUCCCAACUAUGAACGUACGUUUGAAAGCCAUUUUACUUGGCGCAUCCUUCUUAAUGGAUUCACUUUACUAUGGGAUUUGAAGUUCCAGACGACAUAAGAAUAAAAUAUAGAGGUAAAUUAAAAUAUUUAAUGCACAUUGUUUUACACAUUUAUCUUGUAACCUACAUGAUAUUUUUAUAUUAUCAACAUCCCAACAAGGAAGUACUUUUAAUUUGUUCACCUGAGUUGUUGUAAUUAACUGAUUAAUUACUUUCUUUAAAUUUUAUGAUGAAAUUUCUAUGCCAAGGGCAUUGUAAUGUAUUGUUUAACUCCUGGUAUUUUUCAACAAAAUAGUAACAAUUUUUAUUUCAUAUUGCAUAUGUACAGUAAGUAUAGAGUUUUUCCAAAUUUAUCCGCAACCCAUCUUUUUGACCACCAUAAUCCUAGCCAUGAUUUAUAUUAACAAAAUUUAAAAAAAUACUUAUAUAUAGAAAAAAGAUCAUUCCUGCCAUUUCCCAAAAGAUCCCAUCUAGAUUUAAAUUUUGUUUGAUUAUAUUACAGAGUAUUAGGUAUUAACUAGUUACCAAAUUGAUCAUUUUUCACGGACAACAAGACUUAAGUUUACAUUAUUAAAGCAAUUGCUUUUUAAAUUUUCAUGCUUCAUUAAAAAUUGUAGAAAGUUAUAAUAAGUUAAAUCCUUCUUUUGGCCUACAACACUGUUGGGAGAAAUCCGGUGGCAAAUCAAGUACAGUAGAGAGAGCGUCAAUAAUCCGGACCAAUUGGGACCCAACCCCGUCCGGAGUUUUGAAAUGUCUGCAUUUUCUAAAUGAACCAAUAAAGAGGUAAUGGCAAAGUGGUAAUGAAAAGUUAUGUUUAAUUGUGCAUAAAUCACGAUGUUGUGUACGUGGAGCGGGUAAUUAAAAUUAUUCAUUACAUUAUUACAAAAAGCUUUAAAUGUUUAACUUACAGAAAAAAUACAGUAAUCAUAUUUUCUGUAAAGUAUAUCUAGGCUAUAUAACACUAAAAUACUGUACCUAUGUAUAACUGUGAUUAAUAAACUACUUAAAUUACGAAAUAUAUGGACUUUUAAAAUCUGUCCAUAUAUAAACAAAAUAUUUUCCAGCCAGAAUUGAAUCCGGAUUAUGGACGGUCCGGAUUUUUAACGUCUGAAUUUUUGACACUCUACUGUACUCAUGUGUGCAUAAUUUUGGGACUUUUGGCCUAAACCAAUAAUGUGAAUCUGUGAUUCACAUAGAAAAGUUUGCCUUUGUAAUUGUUUUAAUUUAACCCUUGUAGUGCCAUAGGUAUUUUUCAAGUUGUGCUUUACCAGUGUCAAGCAUUUAUUACAAGUGUACCUGCCAGUGCCAGAGGGUUUCUAACCCUUUUUGUAAUGUGCUGGUAAAUAAUUUUUAAUACCAUUAUUUGUUGCACAAAUGUAAUGAUUUUUUACCUAAUUAUAGAUACAAAUUCAACCUAUUUAAAUAAAAUACUAAAAAUAUCCAGACUCGAAAUACAAUAUUUUUUAUUACAAACAAAUUUACUUACAUGAAAACAAUUUUGGUUUUUUUAAAUUUGGACGUGUCUAUGGUGAUGAAAACAAUAGCUGCACUCUAUUCAAUAAAUUCACUAUAAAGCCAAUUAAAUGAUGUACAUACUGCUAAAAUUUAAUGGUAAAAUGUUCACAAAUAAAAGAAUUGUGGCAUUCUUUUGGAAAUCUAACAGUCUGUACAAUUUGUGAAGUCUUAAAACUGUUCAUGAUUUUACACAAAAUCAUAUAAAGUUAAGGAAAAAAUACAGAUAAAAUUAACAACACACAAGUAAAUCUAAACUGUCAAUUAUACAUUGUAAAAGUUAUCUAAUUUUUCAAGUGGGAUAACAUUUACAUAAAAAAACUCAAAAACUUAGUAGUGAUGAAAAGGAAAAUACUUGGGAUGUCAACUAUUUUUGCAUUUUCUGCACAUAAACGUUGAUUUUUUUUCUUUUCCUACCAGUCUUUGUGCUGGCUACACUACAAAUACAGCAGUUCUUCUCCCUAUCAUUGGGAAUUUCUUCAAGAUAUGUGUAGGAUUUGUAUCUACUCCGGUAGGACUCCUCUGUGUUACAAAUAAGCUGUGUUUUCAUAUAAGCAGUUCCAACACAAAUAUUUCGUCAGUGUGACAUAUGUCCACAUUU